AUGAACUCGGGGCCUGAGAUGUAUUAUCCGUCGCAUAUGUCUACUGGCCAGGGGCCACCUCCACAGACGGUCACUUCGCCCUAUGCCCAUCCGCAUUCGCAGCAGCACCAACAGCAGCACCCGCAUCAGCACCCGACCCCACCUCUGCUGCAGCCGGGCCCUGGCCAGUACCCUCCCCCUCAGUAUGGUGGGCAAUACUCUUAUCCCAAUGCCCUGAGCCCUCCCACUGGGCCGCCCGCCGUGUCUACUCCCAUGGGGCCCGGCCAACCCGUGCUGCCGCUUCCGGGAGUCAACCAAGCAAGCAUGGCGCCGUCGUCGUACUCACCCGGCUUCGACACUACGGGCCAGAUCCAACCCCCGGGGAUGAAGCCGCGCGUUACGGCUACGUUAUGGGAGGACGAGGGCAGCCUCUGCUUCCAGGUUGAGGCCAGGGGCAUCUGCGUUGCCCGGCGAGAGGACAACCAUAUGAUCAACGGUACCAAGCUGUUGAAUGUCGCCGGCAUGACCCGCGGCCGGCGCGACGGCAUCCUCAAGAGCGAAAAGAUUCGGCAUGUGGUCAAGAUUGGUCCCAUGCAUUUGAAGGGUGUCUGGAUCCCCUUCGAGAGAGCGCUCGAUUUUGCGAACAAGGAGAAAAUCACCGAGCUGCUUUAUCCCCUGUUUGUCCACAACAUCGGCGGGCUCCUCUGCCACCCUACUAGCCAGACCCGUCCGUCCCAGGCCCUGACAGCGGGGGCACGGAAGCAAGAUCUGCGGACUCCUGCGCCGCUGCCGGCGUUGCAACCACCCCAGCAUCAUCCCUUGGCCUUGCCCGGCCCGCAGCCUCUCCCAUCGCAUCCGCCCCCCAUGACUCGUCCGCCGCUGGACCGGGCCCUCACAUUUCCCACUCCCCCCGCGAGUGCUACGAGCGUCAUGGGGAGCAUGAGCUCUUCCGAUAGUUUCUCAUGGAACCAGCAAGGGGUGACCAACGGCCACCCCUCUAGUCAGAUAUCCAUCGACACGAGUCUGAGUAACAACGCCCGGUCGCUGCCGAACACCCCCGCGCAAACCCCGCCGGCCACCUCGAUCCAGAACAUGCAGAGCUACCCCCCGGCUAGUCAGCCGUACGAAAGUUCGCGCCAGAUGUACCAGCCACCUCCGCCGCAGUCCUCCACGUACGGAACGUCCAGCUCUGCUGCUCAUGAACGUCCUAUGUACGGGCAGGGCGGCUACGUGAAGAAUGAGAUGGGACCGCCCUCUAGUCGCGGUGCCGCCCAGAAUACUGAGCCUGUCGAUUCCAAACCGGCCAACGGCAUUUUGCAUGCCGGCCAGAGCGAAGCGGUAGCCAGCACCGGCGCUGAAGAGGAAGCUGACCACGAGCACGACGGCGAGUACACUCACGACAGCGGGGCCUACGACAGUAACCGGACGACUUACAACUACAACGCGCCUCCUGUCGGGUCGCUCAGUCACGACCACUCGCAUCUGUCUCCUGCCGACCUCUCGGGCUCUCCGCAUCAGUCCGGUUCGGGGCGGGCAACGCCGCGCACUGCUACGGCGGCGUCUUCCUACUACGCGCCGCAGGGGUACAACACACCGCCGCGCGUUGGACAGCCCUCGGGCAACGUGUACAGCGUCAUGAGCAACGAGCGUGGGCCUGCGAACGGCACGUCCGGCAACGAUGUGUAUGCCAGCCAAAACGAUAUGGGAUCCUCGGUGCAGAACGGAUACGCGACGCAGCCCCCCGUCUUGAAUGGAACUUCGUCAAUGAAGCGCGGACGCGACGACGAAGACGACCGGCAGUCGGAUAUGAAGCGGCGUAAAGCGAUGCUGGAUGGCAGCGGCUCCAUGCCGUCGCCUACGUUCAAUCCGCAGAUGCCGCAGCCCCCGCCUGCCAUCAGCGCCCAGCGGCGCAGACACGCCGCGACCAGGCGGCUGAGGCUCGUGGACCCAAUCGGCUAUCAAAUGCGCGUCGAGCAACCCGUGAUCGCCAAUGAUGGAGAUUUGGGGCUACCGACCGGCCCGAUCGACAUUUGA